GACCGAUAUAUUUCCGAGGCAAGACUUUGAUUACUCUCGAUCUCUGGCAUUCAUGGGGCGGAAAAAGAAAACGUUGAAUGACUAUGCAGCCGAGUUCUCAGACUUGGCGGUCAGGAGGCAUGUGAUUGAACACAGUGACACCGGAGAGACCUCUGUCGUGGAGACGCUGUACUGUAAGUCCUGUGAGCUUCCUAUGCGGGUCAGAAGGGACCGGAUUUUGGAGCACCUGGCUUCGGGAAGGCAUUAUCGGAACAGGCGGCUGAUCAAACAACACUGGAACAGAGCCCCCCUUUUAGUCUCAACUGGUGGCGAUCAGGUUGGCAAUUUCCCAGUGCCUCUAGACUUGGCAUGGCACCCUCAGCCCUCCUUCGUGCUGAAGUCUAGCUCCAGCAGUAACACUGUUAGCACCACAAACCUGGUUCCAUCUCCUCCUCACCAUCACCCUUCCAUGAUCUCCGGGCACCUGAACCCCAUCAGCUCCACCACAAACAUAACCUGCAUCAGAGAAGAACCAGCGCCGUCUACCUCUUCCUCGCUUCCAUCAUCGUUUGGCACGAUCUAUGUCCAGAAUCCAUCCAUAUCAUCCAAACACACAAACCAAAAGUAUAUCAUCUCCGAAGCUACCAAUAGUAUUGUUCCCGGGGGCCCGAUGAGCAGCUCACGUGGAAGCAGCAUUGGAUUAGCAGUGGUUGGCGUGGGUCAUGGAAGCAGGGCAUUGCUCAGAAGUUUGACAGAGGAACGUCGCUGUUAUCUGCAUUACAUUGUAGAGAAUCAGUUGUCUGAAGUGGAGAAAGCCUUCGCUGUUGGACUGUUGACCAAGACGAGAGUUUUGCCGGAACAGGAUGUGGACAUUGCUCUUGGCGACCAACGUGUGUCUGGCAUUGUCAUCUGCUCUCCGCCAGCCGUAGCGGCCCAGUUGACCCUGGAAGCAUUACGAGCUGGGAAAGCAGUCCUGUGCGAGAAUCUCCUCAGCACCAACACGCAGAUGGUGGAAGCGUGCUUCAAUGAGGCAGAGAAACGUGGCAAGCCUCUAGUAUGCGGCUUUUACAAGCGAUUUGACCCGGCACUUAAGUACUUAUAUAAAAAGCUUCAUGAGUCCAGUGGCCUGGGAAGAAUUCAGAGGCUUUCUGCAGUCAGUCGGCUGUAUCCUCCGAUUCCUCUAAACAGGAUAAAGAUGUCAGGAGGCAUCUUCUAUGGCGCGGCUUUACACGAUAUCGACAUUGUCAACUGGUUGCUCGGCGUCAGUGUUCCCGAAACCGUGUUUUCACUGGGACAUGCCUUCUGUUCUGAUCUGGGCACAAUGAAGGAGGCGGACACUGUGAACAUUAGUAUGAAGUUUUCGAGUGGAGCCAUAGUGAGUUUGGACAUCAGUCAGCACUGCACUAAAACCUGCGACCAGAGACUGGAGUUGUACGGUUGUCAGGGAUCAUUACGUCUGGACAAUCAGAACCCCCUGAGCAUUAUAGAGAAUAAUUCAUCUUUCCCAACCAUUUCUCAUUCGCACCAUGAGAGGUAUAGAGAAGCUUACAAAGAACUCUUCCAGCACUUUAUACGCACCAUCAAAGGCAAGGAAUGCCCAGCAGUCACCAAAGAACAAUACCUCUGCACGCUGCAGAUCACAGCAGCGGCCGAGCAGUCCUGGCAGAACGGUUCAGCGGUAGACCUGCGGAACGAGGCCGUAGAUAUAUCGAGUAUAAAGACUGAGGUUAUAUGAUCUGUGGGGAGGAAGAGCCGCAUUCUGUUAUUUUUCUGGAGUUGAAGUUCUUCCUGUCUCGACCUGUUGAAAUGGUCGUUUGCACUCGCUUCUGACUUGAGGUUUUGUCCAGAUGGUGCUCAGCAGUGACUUUC